AGCCCGUUGAGGCAGUCCAACAGAGAGGUCGCGCAGCGCAGUAGAAUUAAUUUGUUCCUGCAGAAUUGGCCAGUCAGUGGAUGAGAUUCCUUCUUUGAGCUCUCUUCUUGGAUCACGUACGUCACAGCUGGAGCACAUCUGUAGGUUAUUCUCUUAACCAUCAUCCUAGUUCUUCGUUCAAUGCCUAACACUGGGGAAAGUGAAGGCGCCAAGGUAUCUGCUAGGACUGAUCAGGAGGCCCCAUCACGGGCCCCGGCCAGAGAGGAUGAGCGUCAGCGCAGCUUCCUGAGUCCGAUGACGUGUGAUGCGCUGCGUGUACGACGGGCCUCCAGCGCAGAGCUCCAGCUUCCAUGGACCUGCCCUGUAACACACUCCCGGGAGAAGUUCUACACCGUCUGCUCGGACUAUGCACUGCUCAACCAAGCCCGACCCAUUAUCACAUCUGAAGAUGCGCCACCGACCAAUGCAGACACCACAGCAUUAGUCAAGACCAGCGCUACAACCCCUUCCCAGAGUCACUCAGGGGGGGAAAGUGUGUCUUCAGAUGGGAACUGUGAUAUGGAGGUUGUGUCAUCCAGCAACAAGCCUGUGCUCGCCUGGGAGAUUGACACCUCUGAUUUUGACGCGGUUUUAACACGGAAAGCCAAAACAAGUAAUUUAAAGAAAUUCAACUCUAAGAAAAUGAAAUCAUCUGACAGGCCAAGCAGAAACCUGCAAGAUCUCCCAGCACAAGCUUCUCUGGAGGAGAUCAAACAGAGAAAAGUCUUGGACCUCCGUAGAUGGUACUGCAUCAGCCGCCCCCAAUAUAAGACAUCAUGUGGAAUCUCCUCACUUGUCUCCUGUUGGAACUUUCUCUACAGUACUUUAGGAGCAGGCAGUCUCCCACCUAUUUCUCAAGAAGAAGCCCUGCACAUACUUGGUUUCCAGCCUCCGUUUGAAGAUAUCAAGUUUGGACCAUUCACUGGCAAUGCCACUUUGAUGCGAUGGUUCAGACAAAUCAACGAUAAUUUCCGUGUCCGGGGAUGCUCUUACAUUCUGUACAAACCUCAUGGAAAGCACAAGACAGCGGGAGAGACAGCUGAGGGGGCACUGCUGAAGCUGACGCAGGGACUUAAAGACGAAUCCAUGGCCUACAUUUACCACUGUCAGAAUCACUACUUCUGUCCUGUGGGCUAUGAAGCUACUCCACUAAAAGCAGCCAAAGCUUACAGGGGGCCACUGCCGCUUAAUGAGAUGGAGCACUGGAUUCUCAUUGGUGAACCAAGCAGGAAACACCCUGCAAUCCACUGUAAAAAAUGGGCAGAUAUCGUGACGGAUCUGAACACCCAAAACCCAGAAUACUUCGACAUUCGCCACAUAGAGAGAGGCAUUCAGUAUCGCAAAACCAAAAAGGUUGGAGGCAAUCUGCAUUGCAUCAUGGCCUUCCAGAGAGUCAACUGGCAAAAAUUGGGACCAUGGGCACUGAAUUUGGAAAAUCUGAGGCAUGAUCUCCACCAUCAGGCUCCAGAACACAGAGGUCAAGCUGCGCUAGAGGAUGCUUCUGAGGAGCGAGCGGUGAAACGUCUGGGCAGAUCCCUCAGUACGGGGAACAAGUCUGAGGAUGCCUGGAAGCGUUUGUCCAACACAGCAGACUACAGGCACAGAAGCUCUCCAGACAGUGACCUAGAUGAAGACAUAACUGACUAAAUCUAAAGUGUCCAAUCCUCCUCCUGAAGAGCCAAUUGAGUUUUCGACAGUUUUAAACAAGAAUAUUUACCUUCCCAGGUUAUUAGCAACAGUGGAAUUGGAUAGAAUUGCAUAUCAUAGAUGAGGUUGCAAGCCAAACCAUAAGGAUGCUGCUUUGUUGCCCUUAAGGAAGAAGCCAUUUGUGGAGGACGCCACAAUUUGAGAUUGAGCUCUUAGUAAUGUGGCAUUAAAUUAAGAUUAGAAAUACUUAACAAUGGCUCUCUCUCCAAGACGCCGAGUCACGUCCUGUAGGUCAAAAUGCUGCUUUCUUUAAACAUAUUGUGGAUAAACUAAUCAUUAAAUAAAUGUGCAAUUAACUGCACUAAAGGUGUGGUCACAUUUACCAUUGUUCUGCACAUUUUCGCAGGUGAAAUCCAGCAACUUCUAUAGGAAUCCACACAAUCAGGAAUUUCACGUAAGGGAGAAAGAUUUCCCCAGUUUUUGACCAACAGAAAGCUGCUUGGUUUGAAAGUGACUGCACUUCAUAGAUUGCUACACCAUACACAGUGGACAAUUUUUGCAAUGACCGCACCUUAAGUGUACUAAGAAACAUGAAGUGAAUAUUUGAUUUUUCAGAUCAAUAGCAUCAUUCCAUUUCAGUUAUAUGCAAUUUGGUGGAUUUAUAUGCUACUGAUGGUAGAUCAUUGGAGGACAGUAUGGACUGAAAAAUUACACUGUUCUUUAUGAAGACUGGUGCUACUAUUGUAUAAACAAAAAUGGCUUUAUUAGUGUAAGUCUAAAAAAUACAAACGAAGUCAAGGUCAUCAUAAACAUAUCAGACUGUUUAAUAAUGUGACCAUUUGAUAUUUCAAUGGAUCCGAUUGUGACAUAGUCCAAUAAGAUGGUGCCAUCUUAUUGUAAAUAGCAACUUGAAGGAUUACAAUCACGUUCUUUGUGAAACGCUGUGAGCUAAGAUUGCACGAUUGCUUCCAUGUCAUGUGAAUUGUGAUAUUGUUUGUCCGAUAACACA